CAACCGAAGAGCAGACAACUCUCAAAAGUAAAUUCCACGGGUGAAACAUCAUGAGUCGAAUUUUGCAAAAUCCAGAUUGAACUGUGGUUCCUGCAUUCUGAAGGUUGCAAGACCCAAGAGCGACUUGGCGAGGGUUCCAGUGGGACAGUGUGGACAUUUUGCAUCAUCGACCCUCACAAGCGUCGCACCGAUCUACUCUGCACGGAACCACCAUCAACGAUAGCAUAAAGCCUCAUCGAAAAAUUUUUAGUUGAGACUGAAUUUAAGAUUCUUCUAGCUUCCGAGUUGAAAACCCUCUUAGCGGGUGUUCAGUCGAUGCUUGGCUGCACGUCCACGUCGAUUGCGAGAUCAAUUCGCGUCGGAUUGCUCCGACAUACCAAGCAAAAGCCGCCAAGUGGAACAUCCACCAAGGAACUUGCCUAGUCACUCUUCCUAGAACUGUCUUUCUAUCCCACAUUCAUAAGAUAACUAGCGCUUCUUGCCAGUGGCCAUGGCGACCGCUCCCUCGCUCUCAAAAGCCGCCGAUCAUUUGGAAUCUGCAAACAACGCCGAAUCUUCAAAUGCAGCUUCCCGAGACAAUUCAACGGCUCCGGGCGAUCAAAACAAGAAGAAGAAACGCAGAGGAGGAAAGAAGCAUAAGAGAGCACGGAGACAGAGCUUUGCGGCGCCCCCAGAGCUAAUGGAGACUGACACAGAGGGCGCUGCCAGACCCAGUCUGACCGACGUUCCAGAAAGAGCAAGCCAAGAGGUCAGAGAAAAUUUCUAUCGACUUGGGAGGGGUGCUGGAAGUAAUACAAGCUUGGAAAGCGAGGCUCUUCUCGAUCAUCGAGAAUCAGGACCGCUGCAGACGAGACGACAAAGCAUCGUACAGGGCAUUCUUCCGGGAAGAUUAAGCAUUCCCUCCCAACGAGGACAAGGUCAGCGUCCUGGCUGGUUUAAUGCCAAGUCACAAAGUGAAUCGCGAUUACGAAGGGUACAGAGAGCUUCCGAAUCGGACGAUGAAGAAGAUACGACAGAUCGUACUCCGUUGAUAGGUACAUCUUAUAAGACUAAAUUCAGCGGUGCAAGCUAUGGGGCGUUUUCCCAAUCUCCAAGAGAAGAGCGUCCGAAUCCGUUCGGAGGAGUGCGACGAGAAUCAAGAGGCUCAUCGAUGUCAAGCAAAAGGAUAAAAACGUACCAGCGCGAUCUGUCCGGAGACAGGUUGAACGAGUACGACGUCAACAAUCCCCCAUCCAUCCCAAGCAGUCCGAAGUUUGGAGCGGAGAUGGGUCUUGACGAUGUCAUGCUUACUAGUGGGGAUCUCGAUCGAGGAAGACAGGAUGAAAGAUCAAACUCAAACGAAGUGCUUAUUGAUAUUGACGAGAGUGCUCCAAACGAUAGAUUGGCAGGACAGUCUGAGAUGAGUACAGGUGACUUACGGCGACGUUUAGCUGCGGCAUCAGCGGAAGCUGAUGUCUGCUUCCCCCAUGAAGAUGUCACAGAGCUUGGCGAGGAGGACGCCAAAUCUGAAGUCUACCGGCGCCGUCGACGCAGAAGACGAGAGUUUCCCGAUUUGUCAGUGCUUGAAGAGUGGGCGGGUCAAGAGAAGGAGCAACGUACAUUAAACAAUCUCCGCAUCAAACAGAUCAGCGAACCUCUCAUGGUUAAUGGUCGGUUGCGGCCGAAGAAACAGCCUUGGCAUCGCGAAAGCGAAGAUCAGCCAUUACGUUUCACGUAUUUCAAUGAGUACUUUGAUUCUACUUUGCACAGUGAGUCUCUAUCGGAGCUACUCCAUGGAGACCUGACUUUCCGAAAUCUUUUCAUUCCAGACCCUCCCGAGCUUUCAGACAGCGAAUCGGACGACUCAGAAGAGCUACCGCAGACUGUUCAGUCAAGUCGUGAAGCAAGAGAAGGAAGUUUGCGCAAAUUGGCCACUUUGAGUCCACCUUUGGCCCCUAAAGCUCCUUCUGUUGCUGGAUCCGAAAGGCCGGCGUCUAGGACUCCCGUCGAUGCAAAUCCAGCGCCAUCACAAUCGAACGGAAACUCCAACCAAACAACUGGCCGUAAUACGCCAACCCCAGGCAAGCCUCAAAAGGAGAAACGUUAUGGCCCACGUCCCAUCUGGUGGCUCGACGUGCUCGACCCUACAGAGGCAGAGAUGAAAGUUAUUUCAAAAGCUUUCGGUAUCCACCCACUUACUGCAGAAGAUGUUAUGAUGCGUGAGCAGCGCGAGAAGGUUGAGUUGUUCCGCAACUAUUACUUCGUAUCGUAUCGAUCCUUUGAACAGGACUCUAACAACGAGAAUUAUCUCGACCCCGUUUCCAUUUAUGUUGUGGUAUUCAGAGAGGGAGUUUUAACUUUCCACUUCAGUCAGACACCCCAUCCAGCGAACGUCAGGAGACGAAUUAGGCAGCUCAAAGACUACUUGCUUUUGACAACGGAUUGGAUUAGUUACGCGAUCAUUGAUGAUAUCACUGAUAGUUAUUUCCCGCUCAUUGAGCAGAUCGAAGACGAAGUCGACGAGAUUGAUGAAGCAAUCUUGAGGCUUCAUCACACGCCUGACGUUGAGAAAGACAAACCAAAUAGGACAGAGAAAAUCUUCUCGGGCCGCAUUUACGCCCCAGUCAGUGGAGCAGACAAGCAUUCAGAGGCCGGCCAAGACGAAACGAUGGGGGCAGGGGAUAUGCUGCGUCGAGUCGGAGAAUGCAGGAAAAAGGUUAUGGGGUUGUACAGGCUGCUGGGUAACAAGGCAGAUGUGAUCAAGGGCUUUGCAAAGAGAUGCAAUGAGCAGUGGGAGGUUGCUCCCAGGAGUGAUAUUGGUCUUUAUCUGGGUGACAUCCAAGACCACAUUGUGACAAUGACGGGCAACUUGUCGCACUAUGAAAAUCUCCUCUCCCGAGCGCACAGCAACUAUCUUGCGCAAAUCAAUAUACGUAUGAACGAACGUGCUGAGAAGACAAACGACGUCCUCGGGAAGCUCACUGUGCUCGGUACAAUCGUGCUACCGAUGAACAUCGUCACCGGUCUUUGGGGAAUGAAUUGUCUUGUUCCCGGUCAAGAUGGCGACGACUUAACGUGGUUCUGGUGUUUGACUGGCGGUCUGCUUGCCUUUGGCUUCACAUGUUUUUUCAUUGCUAAGAAAUUUUAUGGUAUUGUAUAAUACACAGGAUAGAUGAACACCCGUUCACUCCGCCCGUCAAGGUUUUUAGCGUGCUAAGCUAGCUGACGGUGCACUUGUGAGGGAUUGGCUUGGAAGGAUCUGGGAGGUGGUUAAGGAAAGUGGAUGUAUGAGUAUAACAAGUGUAGGUUCCAUGGUUGGCGAAGUGGCAAGGUGUAAUAAUUUGUCGAAAGCGAAACAACAAAUGCAAAAAAUUCAGCCUCGC